AUGAACGAGUUCUACAAACGCCGACCCCCGACCUUCAACGGAGAUACCAACCCCACCGUGGCUGAAACAUGGCUGAAGGAGGUCAAAAUGAUCUUGGACACCUUGGAGAUCACCCGGGAUGGAGAUCGUGUAGCUUUAGCCACAUAUCAACUGAAGGGAGAAGCCCCCAAGGAACAGGAGUUCCUGAAUCUGAAGCAGGGAACACUGACCGUCACCCAGUACGCGGCCAAAUUCGAAGAACUGUCCCGCUAUGCCCUUACCUCCAUACCUACCGAAGACAAGAAGGCCAGAAGGUUUGAGUGGGGGUUGACUACUGCUCGCAGGGCUGUGGUAGCUCAAGCUUUUACCACCUAUGCUGAAGUAGUGAAAUGUGCUCUCCGGCUAGAGAGUGAGGAGAAUGACUUCAAAAACCGAUGGAGGAAGGCGACAGGCAACACCGGCGGACCAAUCCGAACUCAACCCUCCAACGACAAUCGUGGACCCCACCCCACCAAACCCUUUAACCCAUCUCAAAACAACCAACCCUGGGAGACUACUACCCCCGGGUCUGGCGGACCACAGAGAGGUGGUCAAGACAUAGCAACAAUUUGGUGUUAUAACUGUCAGGCUAUGGGCCACAUUAGGCGCAACUGCCCGCAGCCUCAAAGGAAGAGGGAUGGGAACCUUUGGGAUCAGAAAGCUCAACAACCUAGACAGGCCGAUUUUGUGAAGCAAAACCUCCGCGGGCCAUCGUAG